GUUUAGGUCCCGCCUAAUUCCUGCCAAGGUGAUCUGUGAUUGGUUUCCUUGACGUCACUCAUCAGGCUUGGUUGUAGCGUCGUGGUUGUUGGCGUUGCUGUCAUAAGUCAGACAUCAACACAGGAGGGGAGAGAGAGCUCGUCGUCACGAUGCAGUUCCUGGGGCGUCUUUUGGACACGGUGUCGUCCGUAUCCACCCUGUUCACCAACCCUUACCGGGUGAGGGAUGUGCAGCUGUCCGACUACGGUGGGGGAGAGAAGAUCAAAGUGAGGCAGGAAGGACGUCUGGUUCUCUAUAAGAAUGCCCAGUGCCAGUCGUGGGAUUGUGUGCUAAUGUGCCCAGACACACCUGCGGCGGCCCUGAGGCUUUUCCAGGUGGGAGCAGAAGAGGAUGCCAUGAACUGGUUCCCGCAGUAUGCACUUAAGCUUCCGCCCUUUUAUGACAUACUCCCGCCAAUGAAGGCUGAGACCGCCCAGAUGAUCGUGGACUGCCUGCGUAACCACCCGGAUUGGAGCGCCGCUCACAUCGCUGUGGACACAGGCCUCAGGGAGUGUCUGAAACACAACUACGUCCAGAGUCAGAUCAACGCUCGGGACGCGCUCGGUCAGACGCCGCUGCACCUGGCAUGCGAGCGAAGCGACGCGGCUUGCGUGAAGGAGCUCCUCGAUGAGAGCCAGGCUCGCACGGACUUCAGAGACCAGCAGGGAGAGACGCCCAUGCACAUUGCCGCCAAGCACGACUCACCCGCCGUCAUCCAGGUGUUGUGCUCGCGCUUGUGCUCGGGAGUGAACGAGCUGAACAACAGCGGGGAGACGCCGCUCCACGUUUCCUGCCGCCUAGGCCGAGUGGAGGCCGUCAAAGCCCUCUUGGGAGGCGGGGCCAAGUGCAACGUCCCCGGCGGCGGCGGCUACCCGAUCCACUCUGCCAUGAAGUACAGUGAGAAGAGCUGUACAGAGGAGAUCCUGAAAGCAGACCCUGACCAGCUGCAUGCAGAAGACUCUUUGUAUGGAGGCACGCCCCUCCACUGGGCUAAAACAGCCGAGAUGUGUCGCAUGCUGCUGGAGAGGGGCAGCGCCAUCAACUACCUCAGUAAGACAGGCGAGAGUGCCCUCCACAUUUGCACCAAGAAGGGUCGCUUCGAGGCAGCCAUGGUCUUGCUCACGCACGGCGCCAACGCCAACCUGAAGGGGCAGGACGGCAACACGGCGUUGCACCUCGCCAUGAAAAUGGAUCGCAUGGAGCUAAUCAAAGCUCUGAUCGUGUUCGGGGCCGACGUGGAGAUCCACAACGACUUGGGAGAGACGCCGGGGCUGAUCGCUGCUCGUACCAGCAAAGGUCCCAAUAGAAAAAUACUACUGGACAUGCUGUGUAGUGUGGGUGUGCAACGCUGCCUGCCCCCCUCCCCUAGCAGCCAUCCGCCCAUCACCAACAACGCCGCGGCGCCAGGCAUAGGGUUUGAGGACAUUGUGCACCUGGGGGCUGUGAUCGCCGCAAUGAGCAGAGGCAAGUCGGAAGUGGACGGUUCCAAGAUGGACAACAGGAGGAUGGACACUCUGCUGUGUCUGGACGGGGGAGGAAUCAGGGGAUUGGUCCUGAUCCAGAUGCUAAUCGCUCUGGAGAAAGAGGCCGGCCGUCCCACCAGGGAGCUCUUUGACUGGGUGGCUGGCACCAGCACAGGCGGCAUCCUGGCACUCGCUAUCGUCCACGGGAAGUCCAUGGAGUACCUCCGCUGUUUGUACUUUCGAAUGAAGGAGCAGGUGUUCAGAGGCUCGCGACCUUACGAGUCGGCCCCGCUGGAGGACUUUCUGAAGAAAGAGUUUGGAGAGAACACCAAAAUGACAGACGUUCAGUAUCCCAGGGUGAUGGUGACCAGUGUUCUGGCAGACAGACACCCAGGAGAGCUUCACAUUUUCAGGAACUACGACCCCCCCGUCCGCAGAGAGACCCCGUACGCCACCACCGCCACCUUCAAAGCCCUCACCAUCCCGCGAGAGCAACUUGUGUGGCGAGCUGCCCGCUCCAGUGGCGCUGCCCCCACCUACUUCCGGCCAAUGGGACGCUUCCUGGAUGGAGGGCUGCUGGCCAACAACCCUACGCUCGACGCCAUGUCAGAGGUCCAUCAGUACUACAAAGUGCUAAAAGCAGAGGGUCACGGGGUGGAAAUCAAGAAGUUGGGUCUAGUUGUUUCUCUUGGGACUGGAAAGCCUCCCCAGGUGGCGGUGAGUUCUGUGGACGUUUUCCGACCCUCCAAUCCUCUGGAGUUGGCCAAGAGCAUUGUAGGAGCCAAGGAGCUGGGCAAGAUGCUGGUGGACUGCUGUACGGACUCUGAUGGCUGCGCCGUGGACCGAGCCACUGCCUGGUGUGAAAUGAUCGGCACCAUCUACCAUAGACUGAGCCCGCAGCUUUCCCAGGAGGUGAUGCUGGACGAAGUGAGCGACACCAUUCUGGUGGACAUGCUGUGGGAAACGCAGAUGUACCUGUACGACAAGAGGGUGGUGCUGCAGUCCCUGGCCAAAGCGCUAGUGGACAACUAAAAAGUCUUUCCAUUUACACUGUUUAAGUUAGCAUCUGCAAAUAUGUGACUGACAUUUGACCCCUCAUCACAAACGUCUCAAGCCGAACAACAGGGAGCAUGCUCCACUCGUGAUAGUUUUGUGUGUGUCUUUUACAUUUACCUCUAACAUAUGUGUGUGUGUGUGUGUGUGUGUAUGUGUAUAUAUAUAUAUAUAUCUUAUAUCUUAUAUUCCACAUGUUGGUCAUCUCACCCUUUGUUGCACUUUGGACUCAACCACCUCUGAUAACAUAUUUUCAACAGUAUUUUACACACAUGUACUAUACAUUCACUGGACACAAGCAAGUGACUUCCAAAUUCAAGAACUGUGAAAGCUCUGUUGUCAAUUCAAAGUGUUAUCUUUGUCGAAGCAGAAUUUUUGAUGCAGCUCUUGUAUUAGAUGUCAUGAGAUAGUGCCGUUGUACCUAAUAAAGUGGCAGGACGUUGCUUGAUACUACUUGAAAGACCAACUGGAAUGGGACACUCAACUUGUACUAUUCUGUUUUGUAUACUUUAAAUAGCAAUUAAUGUUGAAUGUCAAAUAAAAACGGUUUACAUAAACUGCAAA